AUGCAACAACCCGUCGAAAUGGAUCAACCAACUGAAAGCGCUGCCUUCCUAAUUAAUGAGGUCCCAUCGGAGGAGACCCCAUCGGAGACUUCAAAUAAUUCCAAUAAUACGCAGGUGAGAGCUGAGCCAGACUGUCCACCAAACAAUCUGGCCAACGUCCCAGAUCUUGAAAUCGGCACCCCACCUGCUAAGCCAAACGAGGAACUGCGCGCAUUCGUCCCCGAUUCAAAAGUGCAAGACAACGAUGACCCCGAGCCAGAUAAUUUGUCCAAAGGGUCCGAAGAGGGACCGCUAGAUGAAACAAGCUCAAACGAACGAUCCGACAAUGAGCUUUCUUCUGACGAGGAGUUCGAAUUUGCCUCGGAUGAUCAGUUCCCGAGUGACUCCGACUCGGGGUCGUCUGACGAUGAUGGCGAUUUUGAUCCCAUCGACUACAUUACGAAGCCAACCAAGAAGAGGCCCCGGAAAGAAGGAAAAAAGAAGGCCAAGACCUCAGUCGCCUUGACUGAGAAGGUCAAAGAUCUGAUGAGCAGCAAGAUUCUGAGCACUGCAAACGCCAAUGCAAAUGCGAGCGAUGUACCUGGGUCCCAGAAAAAGGACAAGUCGAAAGCGCUCGCGGAGGUGAUUGCAAAGCUUCCAAAGAAUGACCGAUUGCAGGCCAAAAAAGACGUAGCUGAAUUGAUUGAGAGCUCCAAGAGGUUCACGCCUUCCGCGAAAAUCGUCACCAUGAACUGGGAGGUUAGGGGUCUCAACACUUUGCUGAAGCAUCAUCAGCUCAAGGCAGCUGCGUGGAUGCUCGACCGCGAAAGCUCGGAGGAAGAGCCAAAUGGAGGCUUGCUCUGCGACGAAAUGGGCCUCGGGAAAACACUUACAGCUCUCGAAAAGAUAAGCAAGGACGUCCUCGAGCAUUUUGCUGGUUCACAAACGAGACGGCAAGAUGUCGCGAAGGCGAUGCGACAAAAACGUAUUGUGCUCACCACAUAUGAGCAAGUCUGCAAUUCAUAUCCGAAGCUAAAGCCACCAGUUACGAUCAAGACACCUGAAGAGCUGGAAGCCUGGCGGGAAGAAGAAUUCAAUUGCAGGGUUGGACCUCUCCACAAGGUUGAGUGGCACCGAAUUGUCCUUGAUGAAGCACAUUCCAUUAAGAACAAGGAUUCCGCCACCUCGAUUGCUAUCCGAGCCCUGAAUGGCAAAUUCAAAUGGGCUUUGAGUGGCACGCCUUUGCACAACGGCGUGGGAGAACUAUACCCAUACCUCCAUUUCAUCUUUACGUCGGAAAGAAUGGAGUAUCAGACCUUCUUGAAGAAGUACUCUAAAGGGUUGGACCAAAUUCUUGAGACCGUACUGCACCGCAGUACAUACAGUACCCAGAUACUUGGCAGGCCUAUCGUGACACUUCCCGGCAUUAUUAACAGGGUUGUGGAGGUUGAGCUCUGCCAAGCUGAGAGGCACCUUUAUCGAGAGAUUCAAGAUGUUGGCAUUGCGAUGCUCACUGGCUUGGCCCAAACGAAAGAACGGCCAACAAGAUGCAUCUUGGCCGUUAUUACAAUGCUGAGAAUGUUUGUGAGCCACCCGCUCCUCGCUCAGAAGUUCCUCGAGGUCGUUCUUAAUCAAGGUGUGAUCAAAGCGCUCAAAGCUAUGGCAGAAGAGAAAGGUGUUGCUGAGACCCCAUCUGGAAUCAUCAUCAGCUUGAUUCUGGCUAUGGGAGACAAGGUUGCCCCCCGACCAAAGCCUCCAGGAAGUUUUUCCGAGCUGCUUGGAAUAUAUCACAAACACAUGAUGAAGGUCCGUAAAGAAGAGGGAGUGUAUGCGGAGCUUUCGUACAAGAUUUGCCCCCUUUGCAUCGAGACUGUGAAGGAAUACCGGCCGUUUGUUAUCACAUCCUGCUAUCAUCUUUACUGCAAAGGGUGCUUCGACGGACUUCCUGACCAAGACGGAAAAAUUGACACUGCCACUCGAGUCUGCAGCUCCUGUAAGAAACCUAUUGAGGAGGCUGGGUAUUCCGAUGAUUCUCCAAAAACUUCACCAAAGAAGGGCUCGCCAAUGAAGAGAAAGCAGUCCACGCCGAAGCCUAAGGGCAAGAAUAUCUUCGCGAAGCGUCCUCGAUCAACAUUCAAGAAACAAGUUCUGCAUAGAGAUCCUUCAGAUGAUGAGUGGGAUGAGCCCGUUGAGGAUGCGGAUGAUUGGGUCGCACGUAUUGGCAAUCGCAUGCCUUCAGCAAAAACUACAGCGAUUCUGGAUCUCAUCGCAAAGUGGAUGAAAGAAGAUGAAAACGUGAAAAUCGUCAUCUUUGUUCAGUUCCUGAAGACUGUUCAGAUUCUUCAGUACAUGUUCGAUGAAGAGGGCUGGGAAUACGCAAUUAUUACAGGAAAGGUAUCUCCCACCUCGCGUGAUCAACAAAUCGAGAAAUUCGGCAAGGACAAAGACAUCAAGAUCAUGAUCUCUUCCCUGAAGACUGGUGGUGUCGGUCUCAAUUUGACCAUGGCGAACAAGUGCAUCCUCGUGGAUCCUUGGUGGAAUGAAGCAAUUCAAGACCAGGCGUACUGUCGUCUGUAUCGCAUUGGACAACCGCGCCUUGUGGAAUACGUCCAGAUUGUGGCUAAAGGAUCGAUUGACACAUGGAUGAUCAAUCUCCAGAAAGAAAAGACCCGCAAUAUCCAUCAGCUGUUUAGUGCGGACUCGCUCAAGGAGAUCCUCGGUUUCUCUGGGGAUAUCCAUGAAAAGCCAGAUGGUGGAUUUUCCAUUUUGACUAGCAAGGAAAACAACCAUGCCCACACCUGGGCACAGUGUGUUGAAACAGGGAUCCUUAACGUGGUGGAUUCUUUGGAAGAGGAUUAG